CUAUACAGCUUCUAAACUUACUGUCAAUUUUGCGAAACUAAAACUGUAAUAAGCUUCAGCUUCAGGUUACAUUAAUAUUAGUCCCGUGGAUCAACCACGUGUUCCUGAAAGCAGCCCGCUGUCUGCAGUUUCUGUGCUCCCUGCUGCUUCUCUCUCACUUUCAUGUUGAAAGUUCUGCAGGAAGAUUGUAUUUAAAUAAAAAAAAAAUAUUUUGAAGGCUCUGACAGGAAGUUGUGAGGUGUCUCUGUGUAACUUAAGAGGAGGAAACUUUGUUCAGUGCGUCAGCGGUGCUGUGAUCGAGCUGUGUGCGCCUGUUUGUCAGAGUUAACGGGACUUUCAGCGGAGAGGAAGAUGCUGCUGUGGCUCGUACUGCAGGUCCUCGUUUCCCAGCAUGCCCUGGCUGUGGUGGUGCAGGUGUAUGAGGGGGAAACAUCUGUCCUGUUGCCGUGCCAGGACACAGGUGUUACACUUAAGAACCGUACAGUGCUGUGGACUCGCAAUGAUCUCGACCCCAAAUCUGUCCACCUACAACGAGAGGAAACCGAUGAUGUAACAGGACAAAACCAGCGUUACAGAGGGCGCACAUCAAUGAGGCCUGAUGCUCUGGACACUUUAGACUUCAGCCUCACUCUGAAAAACCCCCAACCAACAGACAGCGGCAUCUACACCUGCUCCAUCCUAAAUGAAAGGGAGGAACUAAAACUGACAGACAUACAGCUGCAUGUCAAAGUUAUUCCGGUGAAGGUGGAGGUGGAGGAGGGGGUGGAGUCUGUCCAGCUGCCCUUCAAAACCACAAAAAACCUGUCGGGGGAAAUUCAAGUGAUAUGGGAAUGUUAUGAGCCGUUCCAGAAGGCUCACGUGUUUACAAACGGCCCAAACCAAUAUGAAGAACAGCACGAGGUUUACAGAGACCGAACUGUGAUGAACAAAGACCUGCUGGAAACUGGAGACUUCAGUCUGACCCUGAAACAGCCCACAGAGAGAGACAGUGGAGAGUACAAGUGUUUGGUCUGGAGGAAGGGAACCUUCAUCAGAAAGAAAACUGUGAAGCUCAGAGUCAAAGGUCCAGGAUCAAACAGGGGACAUCAGGACCAGAAGCUGCUUCAGUGAUCAGACUCUCAGUUUUACCCUCAUCACUCUGCCUUUUUGUUCAUUUAGUGGGUUUAAUGUCACAGUGUGAUAAUACAGGAACACACGUUUCACUUUUAAGUCCAGUCCUGUCCUCAGUCUGUCUCUGCUGUGUGCACAGUCCUUCACUGUGUGUGAUCAGCUACUGUUCGAUGUUCCAUAUUCCUCAUCUGUGUCUCACCAUCUUUACAGUCUGUGCUGUCCAACUUUUUUAAGCCAUUUUUGGGCUUUUUCUGCACUUUAAUUAAACACUUUUAAAUAAAGGUUUUACUUCA